UUAUUAAUGCACAUAAUGCCCUUGUACGUAACAGCUGACGACGAGGCCAUUUCAUUUUACUUUCCUUUGAUGCAAAUCUUCGUCAAGACUUUGACUGGCAAGACCAUCACCCUUGAGGUUGAACCCAGCGAUACCAUCGAGAACGUCAAGGCCAAGAUCCAAGACAAGGAGGGAAUUCCUCCAGAUCAGCAACGAUUGAUCUUUGCCGGUAAGCAAUUGGAAGAUGGUCGCACCUUGAGCGACUACAACAUCCAGAAGGAGUCGACCUUGCAUUUGGUCCUUCGUCUUCGUGGAGGAAUGCAAAUCUUCGUCAAGACUUUGACUGGCAAGACCAUCACUUUGGAGGUCGAGCCGAGCGAUACCAUCGAGAACGUCAAGGCCAAGAUCCAAGACAAGGAAGGAAUUCCUCCAGAUCAGCAGCGAUUGAUCUUUGCCGGUAAGCAAUUGGAAGAUGGUCGCACCUUGAGCGACUACAACAUCCAGAAGGAGUCGACUUUGCAUUUGGUCCUUCGUCUUCGUGGAGGCAUGCAAAUCUUCGUCAAGACUUUGACUGGCAAGACCAUCACUUUGGAGGUCGAGCCGAGCGAUACCAUCGAGAACGUCAAGGCCAAGAUCCAAGACAAGGAAGGAAUUCCUCCAGAUCAGCAGCGAUUGAUCUUUGCCGGUAAGCAAUUGGAAGAUGGUCGCACCUUGAGCGACUACAACAUCCAGAAGGAGUCGACUUUGCAUUUGGUCCUUCGUCUUCGUGGAGGCAUGCAAAUCUUCGUCAAGACUUUGACUGGCAAGACCAUCACUUUGGAGGUCGAGCCGAGCGAUACCAUCGAGAACGUCAAGGCCAAGAUCCAAGACAAGGAAGGAAUUCCUCCAGACCAGCAACGAUUGAUCUUUGCUGGUAAGCAAUUGGAAGAUGGUCGUACGUUGAGCGACUACAACAUCCAGAAGGAGUCGACUUUGCAUUUGGUCCUUCGUCUUCGUGGAGGCAUGCAAAUCUUCGUCAAGACUUUGACUGGCAAGACCAUCACCCUUGAGGUCGAACCCAGCGAUACCAUCGAGAACGUCAAGGCCAAGAUCCAAGACAAGGAGGGAAUUCCUCCAGAUCAGCAGCGAUUGAUCUUUGCUGGUAAGCAAUUGGAAGAUGGUCGUACGUUGAGCGACUACAACAUCCAGAAGGAGUCGACUUUGCAUUUGGUCCUUCGUCUUCGUGGAGGAAUGCAAAUCUUCGUCAAGACUUUGACUGGCAAGACCAUCACUUUGGAGGUCGAGCCGAGCGAUACCAUCGAGAACGUCAAGGCCAAGAUCCAAGACAAGGAAGGAAUUCCUCCAGAUCAGCAGCGAUUGAUCUUUGCCGGUAAGCAAUUGGAAGAUGGUCGCACCUUGAGCGACUACAACAUCCAGAAGGAGUCGACUUUGCAUUUGGUCCUUCGUCUUCGUGGAGGCAUGCAAAUCUUCGUCAAGACUUUGACUGGCAAGACCAUCACUUUGGAGGUCGAGCCGAGCGAUACCAUCGAGAACGUCAAGGCCAAGAUCCAAGACAAGGAAGGAAUUCCUCCAGACCAGCAACGAUUGAUCUUUGCUGGUAAGCAAUUGGAAGAUGGUCGUACGUUGAGCGACUACAACAUCCAGAAGGAGUCGACUUUGCAUUUGGUCCUUCGUCUUCGUGGAGGCAUGCAAAUCUUCGUCAAGACUUUGACUGGCAAGACCAUCACCCUUGAGGUCGAACCCAGCGAUACCAUCGAGAACGUCAAGGCCAAGAUCCAAGACAAGGAGGGAAUUCCUCCAGAUCAGCAGCGAUUGAUCUUUGCUGGUAAGCAAUUGGAAGAUGGUCGUACGUUGAGCGACUACAACAUCCAGAAGGAGUCGACUUUGCAUUUGGUCCUUCGUCUUCGUGGAGGUAUGCAGAUCUUCGUCAAGACUUUGACUGGCAAGACCAUCACCCUUGAGGUCGAACCCAGCGAUACCAUCGAGAACGUCAAGGCGAAGAUCCAAGACAAGGAGGGAAUUCCUCCAGAUCAGCAGCGAUUGAUCUUUGCUGGUAAGCAAUUGGAAGAUGGUCGUACGUUGAGCGACUACAACAUCCAGAAGGAGUCGACUUUGCAUUUGGUCCUUCGUCUUCGUGGAGGUAUGCAGAUCUUCGUCAAGACUUUGACUGGCAAGACCAUCACCCUUGAGGUCGAGCCGAGCGAUACCAUCGAGAACGUCAAGGCCAAGAUCCAAGACAAGGAAGGAAUUCCUCCAGAUCAGCAGCGAUUGAUCUUUGCCGGCAAGCAAUUGGAAGAUGGUCGCACCUUGAGCGACUACAACAUCCAGAAGGAAUCGACUUUGCAUUUGGUGUUGCGUCUUCGUGGUGGGAUGCAAAUCUUCGUCAAGACUUUGACUGGCAAGACCAUCACCCUUGAGGUCGAGCCGAGCGAUACCAUCGAGAACGUCAAGGCCAAGAUCCAAGACAAGGAGGGAAUUCCUCCAGACCAGCAACGGUUGAUCUUUGCCGGUAAGCAAUUGGAAGAUGGUCGUACGUUGAGCGACUACAACAUCCAGAAGGAGUCGACUUUGCAUUUGGUCCUUCGUCUUCGUGGAGGUAUGCAGAUCUUCGUCAAGACUUUGACUGGCAAGACCAUCACCCUUGAGGUCGAACCCAGCGAUACCAUCGAGAACGUCAAGGCCAAGAUCCAAGACAAGGAAGGAAUUCCUCCAGAUCAGCAGCGAUUGAUCUUUGCUGGUAAGCAAUUGGAAGAUGGUCGUACGUUGAGCGACUACAACAUCCAGAAGGAGUCGACUUUGCAUUUGGUCCUUCGUCUUCGUGGAGGUAUGCAGAUCUUCGUCAAGACUUUGACUGGCAAGACCAUCACCCUUGAGGUCGAACCCAGCGAUACCAUCGAGAACGUCAAGGCCAAGAUCCAAGACAAGGAAGGAAUUCCUCCAGAUCAGCAGCGAUUGAUCUUUGCCGGCAAGCAAUUGGAAGAUGGUCGCACCUUGAGCGACUACAACAUCCAGAAGGAAUCGACUUUGCAUUUGGUGUUGCGUCUUCGUGGUGGAAACUAAAAUCGCUUUUGCUUUCAACGUUAACUGGCUCUGCAUUUAAAUUAACAUUUUUCGCUAUUCAAAAUUCCACUUUUGUCAACCAGUUACUGCUUUUCGUGAAUAAAAAUGUUUCAAUUUAGAAAUUCAAA